GGGCGGGGCUGGCGAGCUGUGGGGCCCCCCCCCCGCGCGCGGCACGUUCCGGCGCUGCCGCCAACGCCUGAGGGGCAGGGCAGCGGCGCUAGGCGGGAGGGUGUGACUGUGGCCAGGCCGCACACCCCGAGGGAGGGGGGAGCAGAGCCCCGCGCAGAAGCCGAUUGGACGGGCUGAGGCGAGGCCGCUGGCCCCUUUAGCAGUGGGCCGCGCGGCUGUCUCCCGCGGGCAGCUUCCUGAGGCGGGGGCGUCUCCCCUCAGGCGCGCCGGCUGACCCGGACUCGUGUCCCCUCUGCGCUCUCGGGGCCACUCCAUGGCGCGGGAGUGAAACGGGCUCUCAUGCGGCCGCAGGGCCUUUGACAGGGCCCCUGCUCUGCCCCCCGGGCGCGUCCUCCCCGCAGCUGCCCACGGGGGAGGCCGCGAGCAAUGUCAGAAGCAGCAGGAGGGCCAGGCCCCUUGGCGCGCGAAGGGCCGCGCGCCUGUGGCUCUGCACGUGCCGAGUGUAACCGCUCCGCGGCUCUGUCACGCCCCGUGUCAGACAAUCCCCAGCUGCAGGCCCGCGCUCCAGUGCCCUCUGCAAUCGGGGAAGGAUGUAGAGUCCAAGUGUCUAUUAUUCUUCCUGUUCACAAUGCUGAAUGUUGGUUGGAUGAGUGCUUGAAGUCAGUUGUGGAGCAAGAUUUUCAAGGUUCCCUGGAGCUGUCUGUGUUUAAUGAUGCUAGUAAAGAUAGUUCAAUGAGUAUAAUUGAAAAAUGGAAAUUCAGGUUAGAAGAUGCGGGUAUUUGGGUCAUCAUUGGUGGUCAUGAUUCGUCUCGACCUCAGGGAGUUGGCUUUGCUAAAAACCAAGCAGUAAUACAGAGCUCAGGGACCUACCUCUGCUUUCUGGAUUCUGAUGAUGUGAUGAUGCCACAGAGGGUGAGACUGCAGCUUGAAGCUGCCAUUCAAUACCCAAGCAGCAUUAUAGGUUGCAGAGUCAGGAGAGAGCCACUGGAUUCCACCGAACGAUAUACUCGUUGGAUCAAUAAUCUGACGCAUGGACAACUUCUUACACAGGUGUUUACCUCCCAUGGACCCACUGUGAUCAUGCCUACCUGGUUCUGCUCCCGAGAAUGGUUUUGUCAUGUGGGAAAAUUUGAUGAGGGUGGGAAGGGUGUACCAGAAGACUUGCUGUUCUUUUAUGAACAUAUCCGAAAGGGUGGUGGAGUCUUUCGAGUUGACCAGUGCCUGCUCCAGUAUCGCUACCAUCCGCAGGCAGCAACUCAUUCUGUUCUUGAGGAAACCAUCUGGGCUCACCGAGUCAGGUUUCUGGAAGACAGAGCCCUCAAGCACUGGACAUCUUUCACCAUUUGGAAUGCUGGCAAACAGGGCAGGAAGCUCUAUAGAAGCUUAUCAUCAGCUAAUCAAAAAAAGGUGGCUGCAUUUUGUGAUGUUGAUGAAAAUAAGAUCGCAAAAGGUUUCUACACUUAUCAGGAAUCCCAGGAGAGACCAAAACCCCAGAUUCCCAUAAAACAUUUCCGAGAUGCAACCCCACCUUUCAUUAUCUGUGUAAAGUUGCUCAACCUAAGAUUCCAGUGCAUCAAGAUACUGCAACAGAGAUCACUUCCUCCUUCAUGGACACUAGGGCCCGAGCGCUUCAGUUUUCAAAGCAACAAACACCAACUGCUUUACUGUGCUGCUCUCUACAGACAGGAAACAAACAAAAAACUCAUGAAAUUUCUUUUAGGGGGGUUACUCAACUACAGGCAGUCCCCGGGUUACGUACAAGAUAGGACUGUAGGUUUGUUCUUAAGUUGAAUUUGUAUGUAAAUCGGAACUGGUACAUAUUGUAGGGG